AUGCUCUAUUAUGACCCAAGCUAUUUGACUGAAAAAGGAGGCGCUACUGGACCACCACAAUGGAUUUAUUUCACGCAAGUACCAACGCGUCUUUGUGCACGUUGGGGUGCGGGUCUUUUCCUAUAUCAGAGCUUUGAUGCGAUCGAUGGAAAACAAGCUCGGAGAACUGGAAUGGCUGGGCCGUUGGGAGAGAUGUUCGAUCAUGGAUGUGACGCUCUGAACACCACUUUGGAAGUCAUAAUUGCCGCUCAGGCUCUUAACCUGGGACGUUCUUGGUGGACUGUGGCCUCGCAAAUUGCCACUCUUGCCAACUUCUACCUCACAACUUGGGAAGAGUAUCACACAGGCUCCCUAUACCUUGGAGUGUUCUCUGGACCUGUGGAGGGCAUCCUGAUCAUUGUUGCCAUCUACAUCAUAUCGGGCAUUUACGGUCCUUCAUUCUGGGAUACUGGCAUUCUUACAUUCGUCGGUCUCGAAAAAUACCCUCCCCUUGCUCGAGUCCCCAAUAUUGGACUGAACGAAGCCUUCAUGGCGUUUGGUGCCGUCGGUCUUGGAUUUAAUAUCGUGAAUAGUUAUCAUAACGUUCGCGUUGCUGUUCGCAAAUCUGGAAAAUCGGUUUACCCACCUCUCCUGGGUCUCCUUCCAUUCUUGUUCUCUGCAGCGAUCCAGAUCGCAUGGCUGAGUCAUCCAGAACUCGACCAUUCCGCAAUCAUUUACUCCCCCUUGUUUAUUCCAUUCCUGUGCGCAUGGGGACUCCAGUUUGCGCAUACUGUCGGUCGCAUGAUUCUUGCCCAUGUUACAAGCAUGCCAUUCCCACUGUGGAAUUGGAUUUGGAUCUGGAGUAUCAUCGGUGCUCUGGAUGUCAAUCUGCCGAGGCUUAUUGGAAGAGGUCCGAUCCUCCAGUCCAACGACCGAAACAUGGCCAUUUUCGUUUACCUUACCCUGGUGGUCUCUUUGGUGGCGUACGGAAGGUUCUGUACGCUCGUCAUUCGCGACAUCACGAACUACCUCGGGAUUGCGUGUUUUACUGUCAGGAAGAAGGAUGCGGAUGGGCAAUGGAGAGACGCAUCGAAGAGAGCUCCUACUGCGACCAAGAGGCAGGAAUGA